CAGCAGGCUGUCACCGGAGCCGCUAGCUGCCUGCUGCUCCCCAAAAAACGAGUAAAAUUAAUCGAUUAAAGCGUCGCCGACUGCGAGUCAAACUACCUCCGGCAGGAAUAUGGAUGACGACGUGCUGACGACGCUGAAACUGUUGAUAAUUGGCGAAAGCGGAGUCGGGAAGUCGAGUCUCCUCCUGAGGUUCACAGAUGAUACUUUUGACCCAGAGCAGUCAGCGACAAUAGGUGUGGAUUUCAAAGUAAAGACACUCGCAAUAGAUGGAAACAAAGCCAAACUCGCCAUCUGGGACACAGCCGGACAGGAAAGAUUUCGCACCCUGACACCCAGCUACUACCGCGGUGCACAGGGAGUCAUUCUGGUGUAUGACGUGACAAAGCGCGACACUUUUACGAAGCUUGAAAACUGGCUGAAUGAGCUGGAAACCUACACAACACGCAAUGACAUUGUGAAAAUGCUCGUUGGGAACAAAAUUGAUCGGGAUGACCAUGAAGUGGACAGAAACGAGGGGCUGAAGUUUGCGAGGAAACACUCCAUGCUUUUUUAUUGGUGGGCCAGUGCAAAGACCAAAGACGGCGUCCAGUGUGCCUUUGAGGAGCUCGUGGAGAAGAUCCUGCAGACUCCGGGGCUCUGGGAGAGCGAAAACCAGGGUCAGAGUGUCCGUCUGGGGGCGCAGGAGCAGGGCAGCGGCAGGGCGUGUGGCGGAUACUGUUCCAUACCCUGAAACCGGACAGACGGGAACCUGAUAGGAGCGACUACGGACCAGAAACAGUGAGAGAGAGAGAGAGAGGUGGAGCUGGAUGAGUACUUUUUUAAAAAAAGUUAAAUGUUGGAGUAG